UCUCGUCGGAAGCAGAACGAUGUGGCUCUUCACAGCGACCGCCGCUCUCCUCAAGCUCUACCUCUGCGGAAUCAAAGUCCUCAUCUACCAGAUGUUCAACAGAUCGUUCCAACUGCCAGGCACUCAGUAAUCCCAGCCCCACCUGCGCGUUUGCCAAAGGAACCAAUGGAGGGUAAAAGUUCAGGGGCUUCAUGCUCCCGCCUGAAGCUGGUCGCACAUCCCCGAGCGAAGAGCAAAGUCUGGAAAUACUUUGGCUUCGACACAGACGCAGAUGGUUGCAUUUUGCACUGGAAGCGUAUAUACUGCCGUGUCUGCAUGACUCAAAUUGCUUACUCUGGAAACACGUCCAAUCUGUCCUACCACCUGGAAAAGAACCAUCCCAUUGAGUACUCUGAGUUGUUGAAAAGCAACUCGACGCAUCAAGUGCGUGAGGCGUUCGCAGCUGCGUUCUACCAAAUACAGAGUAAGCCUUCUGGUCCGCUUGUGCCGUCGCAAGACUCCGGCCUGAAGCAGACUUUAAACGAUGAAAACAGACGACACUGUGAUCUGACUACGGCCGUCAUGAACUUUGUCUGUAAGGGUUUGUAUCCUGCUUCCAUCGUGGAAGAGCCGUGUUUUAAGGCUUUGAUGAACACCGUCGAUCCUGGAUACUCGCCACCAAGCAAAAGUGAGGUGGCUCUAAAAAUCCUUCCUCAGAUGUACUGGUGUAACCGCGAAGUGGUCUUCAGUGAAAUCUCUGGGGUUUCGAACUGUGGGGUCACGACAGAUCUCUGGCAAAGUCAGAACAGAACAUACAUCUCUCUGUUUCUGCACUCAGUUUAUCAGAAUGGCUCCAAUAGCUUUGUCUCCAUCUACAAGUGCCUCAAAACAUUUGAAGUUCAUGAAGAUAAUACGGCAGAACAUAUCACCCGGUCGAUGUUUGAGGCCUUUGAUGAAUGGGGAAUCACUCAUAAGGUCAUUGGUGCCACCACAAGUGGCUCAGUGGACAUUGGCAAAGCCUGUUCUCUCCUGGAGCUCUCAGUCGAAAUGCCUUGCCUCGGACACACCAUCAACCUUGCGAUGGACAAUGUCUUCCAGCUCCCACAAAUAGAAAGCUUUUUAGGAUGUUGCCGUAAACUGGCCGAUCAUUUCAAAGAUCGAACUGCCCAGGGUCACCUCGCUCAGGUCCCGUCCACUUUGAUCACAGACAGGGGAAGGUCCUGGUUGGGGACUCUGGCAAUGUUGCAAAGACUGAAAGAGCAGCAGAUUGCGGUCACUGCGUAUCUAACCGAGAGCUCCAGCAGCCAUCACUUUAGGAUCGAUACUCCUAACUGGAGUGUCUUGGACGGAUUGAUCGAAGUGCUUCAACAUUUCAAAGUAGUGGCGGACAUGUUCACCUCCUGCAGGUACCCGACGAUCAGCAUGGUGAAGCCAGUGCUUCACAUGCUUUUGACCAGCACCCUCAAACUCACGGAGGGGGAUCUCAAAGAGAUCAGCAUGACCAAAGAGGUCCUUUCCCGCAUCCUCUCCAGCACCUAUUCACAAAACACACAGUUGUCGCAGGACAUCUCAGAGUUCCUCAACAUUGCCACGUUUUUGGACCCAAGGUACAAGAAGCUGCCGUUUCUGUCCCCGCAGCAGAGAGCUAAAGUAGAGAGCAGUGUCAUUGACGAGACCAAGGCACUCCUGGAGAAGCAGAAUGCUGACAGGCCGUGCCAUGAUGACUUCACAGAGAUGUCAGAGGAGCCACCGAGCAAGAAAGUGAGCUUGCACAGAGAAUGCACAACAAGCACCAUGGCUCAGGACAAUCCUCUGGCUGCCAUAUUUUGCCAGUUCGACGCAGAUCAGAAUCACGAAGAACUGCAUUCCCAGGCCAUAGAAGAGCUAAGUAACUACAAAUCUCAGAGGGUCCUUGGUCUGAAUGAAGACCCUUUACGUUGGUGGUCGAGCCAUGCGGCCUUAUUCCCAACCCUACCCAAGCUUUUGCAGAGGUACUGGUGUAUCCCAGCGACCAGUGUCCCCUGCCAUCGGCUCUUCAGCCCAUCUGGAACUGCUCUCUGUGGAAAGAGGAACCGCAUAGCAUCGUCGCUGGUGGAUCAGCAAGUUUUCUUGUACGAGAACCUGCGCAGCCACUACGAGCCAGAGCCUUGUGGGGAUUUGGAUGAUGUCAAGGACCCAACUUGUGAGCUCAGCGGUCAGCCACUCCAGUAGCUCUUCACCUCUGGGCUAUGCUGUAUGGAACUGAGCUAACUGGGAUUGACAAAUGCUCCAGAGUACCAAAUUGAGGAGACAUCCGUAUCACUAUCAGCUUGCAUAUUUCAACCUUAUAAAGUGUGACUCCAAAGCAACUGUGAGGUCAAGAGUAGGGAUGGGCGAUAUUAAUCGUUACAGCAGAAAAGACAUUUAUCGCGAUGACUUUUUUUGUCCAUAUCGCCCAUCCCAAGUCAAGAGCUUGUGUUGAAAGUAAACAUUCUCAUCUUCACCGUUUCCCUGUUGUUCCUUCUCAUGUUAAAAUGUUCAGAUUGAUGAUGUCAGAGACGUACUGCUAUCAGUCUCUUACAUCAACUUGUCUGUUAUAGAGAUUUCUCUGCAACUCUCAGUUCUUUAAGAUCAUGGUGAAUAGAAUAGAAUUUGUCUUUUACUCAGUCAUCUGAUUUUCACCUUUAAAUAUAUAUAUUGUUAGGGGUGGGAUUCGAGUAAAAAAAAUAAUGUAGUUAAUCACAGAAUUUGUAAUUCUCAAUUGAUUGCAGUUUAGUGGUUUAAGAAUAUUUGCCACAAGAAGCCACAUUUUUCAAUUUGAAUGAAUUUGGUAUAUUACUGAAUCAAAUGAUGGACCCAUACAUACAUUUAAACAAGAUAUUUCGCAUCAGUUUGACGAUAGCACAAUAAAUCAGGAUGGUGUCUAUAUUCAAGUUUUUAUAUCACCUUAUUUAAACUGAAGCUCUUUUAAUGUCUUGAAAAUAUUUGUAUAAGAAUUUCAAUUUUAUAAGAAUUUCAAGUACAUUCAGAGUAGUGGAAACCCUGACCAUUGUGUAGUGAAAAACAUCCCUGAACAAAAGCUUAAAUUAAAUUACAUUUUUGUUGUAAUUAACUAAUAAACUAAAGUCCCACCACUAAUUAUUGUAUGUAUUUUUAAUUGUUUUUAUUAAUUCCCAUUGUUUUUCUUCUUUUAUUCUCUUUGGCUUCUGUCAGUAUUUCUUGGUUAAUAAAAAUGAUCGUGCUUUAACAAUGAACCAAAGGACUAUUUAAAGGUUGGUAGGUUGUGUCAGAUCCAGCAGCUUGAGUUUGGAGUGUAAGGAAACUGUAUACUCUGUUCCUCCAAGUGUUCAUGCGGUC